AUGCUUGAUUUAAUCACCCUAAUAAUUUUAAUAUUAGCCCUAUACCACACCUGUUAUGGCCUGUAUCCCACUUAUAAUUAUGUACAACAACAACAACAGUUAUUACAACAUGAUUUACUACAACAGCAGCAACAGCUAUUGCAACAACAGCAACAAUUGCUACAACAAAAACAACAACAAGGUCAAGGUCAACCAAAUAGAGUUACAAAUUUAAAUAUUGUUUUACCCAAAACAAUAGUAGAAGAUUUUGAAUAUAUACCCACCAUACAGGGUUACAGAUAUAGCUACCAACUGCCAGAUGGUUCGAGACGUGAGGAAAAUGCUUUCAUAACUGGUCUACGCAUGGAUGACUAUUCUCGUUUGGAUAGUAGAACUACCGAUUUUACUGCAGUUGGUGUUGGUGGCAGACCAAAAAAGAAUCGUAAAUUAUCACCAGGUUCUUUGAAAUCGCUGUCUGGUUAAAAAGUAUAUUUUUCUUUAGAUAUUGUUAGCAUAAGUUAUUUUUAUAUAAAUAUGAAUUUAUUAUCAUAGUAUUUUUCUUAGCAACUUUGUUG